ACCUCCUAGUGAGGAAGCAAUGUCAAGCAGCUCUGAAGAUGAUUCUGGGACUGAUAAAGAAGAUGAAGGAGCUGUGUCACAGCGUUCAACACCAGUGAAGAUGACAGAUGCAGGAGAAAAUGCCAAAAUAACAGAGAAUGUAGUGCAAUGCAUAAAAGAUGGAUAUGGAAUCAAUCUCUCCGAAUCUCCUUCAGAAGAUGAUCUCAGCAUAUAUACAAGAUUUGUUCAGUUGGGGCAGAGUCAACACAAGCAAGACAAGACUCAUCAACAGCUGUGUUCUAAACACUUAGAUGGGGUUAUAAAUUUAACACACAUCUCAGCUUUUUCCCAAGACAACAUUUAUGAAGUCCAGCCUCCUAAAGUUGACAGGAAAUCUAUUGAAAUCUUUCAUGCUCACAUCCAGGCUGGCAAGGGCAUCAUGCAGCCCCUGGGAAAAGAAGACUUCCUCAUGUACCGAGAAUACAUCAGAAACAGAUAUAUGUGAAAAAUGUCUAUAUUCAACUUUGUCCCAUUAAUUGUCUUGAAAGAGGUCACCACAUGUGCCUGCUAACCAUAGUUUUUUGUCGUAUUUGAUUGCAUUAUCUAAAUAGCUGCGGUACUAAAUAGAAAGUCUCUUCUGUUGAGACUUGUGGAAGAGAAAGAAAAAGACUACACUUGGAAGAAAAAGAGCAGAUAUCAACAGGCUUUGUUAACUGUUCAUAUAAAUUGUGCUGUUUAAUUAUGUAUAUUGCUUUUCUGAAGGCACUGAAGUAUGGAGAAAUGCUGCUAGUGUAAUAUAGCCAGUGGGGGCUUCUGGGAAUGCUGAGUAAGUGUAGAAAUGCAUUUUUGUCCUCCUUGAACUUAUAAAAAUAUUUAUUGUGAACCCACAAAUAAUGGUUAGUUCAGUCAAUGUGUCUGAAAGAAAAUGUAAGGUAUUAGAUGCAUCCACUAAAGAUGAUUGUUGGACAUGAUCGAAAGUAUUGUGAUUUUUUUUAAUAGCAGAAAAUUAGUCUUUCUGAGAAUUUGAAACUGUAUUCGGGUUUUGUUCCUUGCUCCUCCUCUGGGCAGAAUCAUAGUGGCCUCUGCAGAAACCUUAUUGAGUUUUUAAAAAUAAUUUCUAGAACUUCCUUAUUAGAAUUGAAUGUCAUUAAAAUUUUAUUUGAUAAAAUAGAGGUGUAGUUUGCUGUCAGAUAAUAAAGAGAACAUGCCACAGAUGUGGAGAGCUGCAUUUAUAUACUUAAGGUUGUAAUUCUGGAAUGAUAACUCUUUCAUACCAAGAACUGCAAGUUGCAGACCCAUUAAUACUGGAUACCUGUUUGAAGAAGAAUCCAGCUUUAUUCCAUAACUACCCUGUUCAUUGGCACAUAAUGGAUGUGUUGCCUCUGACAAACAUGUCUUGUUUUGAUAUUCACGUGUUAUAGCUCUUAGUCAAAUUGGUCUAAUCUCCAUCUGUGAAGGGUCUGCAUUUUGAGGAAAUUUUCUUCUACUAAAUACAGGCUUUUAUUGCUGUGAGAAUCAGCUUGUCAUAAAAAGGCAAUCAUAAAAGAAAUCUUGGUACAUAGGAGAGCCAGGGGCAAAAAAGUGAGGUAGGAGAGUUGGAGAACCAAUCCCAUUGCUCCUAUCUUCACUACGGCAAGUAGCUUCUUGCCUAGCAUCGAAUGAAAUCCAAGCCAGUAGUCACAUGCUCAGUGACAAGUAAUCAGCCAGUCAAGUCUGUAGCCUUGUGUUCAGUGGCAGGCAGCUUUCUAAGCUAGGCUACCAGCAGUUGGCCAGCAGCAAACAUCUGGCACAGCAAGAUCUGGCCACUUGCAGUAGUUUCUUUACACACAUUCUAGGUGCCACUGCAUUUAUGACUCCAGACCUCCAUAAAAUCUAUUUUGCUUAUUCCAAAGAUUGCAAAUGUUACCCCCAUUCCAUUUUGAAUAUGUAAUUUUGCUUAUUCCAAAGAUUGCAAAUGUUACCCCCAUUCCAUUUUUGAAUAUGUAAAAAGCUACUGUUACUCAGCAAACAUUUUAUCUUUGUAAAAUGCAAGAAAGAAUAGAGUACUUAUAAGGAGCACAGAUGUUCCAGUGCAUUCCUAUCUAAGGUCACAAUUUCUCUGUACUGCCACAUCUGAUUUCAGUAGACUUAAGACUCAAAUUCCAUUUGUAUGGGAGUGAUUAUCUAUUAAUGGAUGGAAAAAGAAACACUUGGCUGUACUGUAAUACGCUAAUGUCCCUGUAUUUGAUGUAAAUGCCAUCUGAAACUUUAAAAUGUGAAUUAUGUCAUGCUAUAUGUAGUUUAUUUCUAGCAGCCAGCCUUAAUGCCUUUCUUCUUUACAUGAAAUAUGUGUAAAUUUAGCUAACUUAAUAGCUUUGC